UCGAAAUAAGAACACUAUGAGACACUUGAACCACUACCCCAAAAACAUCUCCAUGAAAACCAUUGAAUCCUUUGGAAAAAUCUAAUCUUUGGGCGAAAUGAAGGAUUUUGAUGGUGUUGGGCAUGUUCUUCUCUCGAUUUCAAUCGUCUUGGGAUCCAUUUUGGUGGUGGAAUCGGGCAUUGGAGUGAACUGGGGGACACUGUCUUCACACAGGCUUUCUCCAUCGGUGGUGGUGGAUCUCUUGAAGGAGAACAAGAUUGGGAAAGUGAAGAUCUUUGAUGCUGAUCCCAAUGUGCUGAGAGCUCUGAUGGGGAGUGGCAUUGAGGUCAUGAUAGGGAUCCCUAAUGAGAUGUUGGGAACUUUGAGCUCUUCUCCUGCUGUUGCUGAUCUUUGGGUUUCACAGAAUGUUUCUAGGUAUGCGGUGAAGGGUGGCGUCAAUAUCAGGUACAUAGCAGUCGGCAAUGAGCCCUUCCUGUCAAACUACCAAGGCCAAUUCCAGUCUUUUGUUCUUCCUGCUAUGGUCAACCUCCAGCAAUCUUUAGCAAAAGUGAAUCUUGCUGGUUAUGUGAAACUGGUGGUUCCUUGCAAUGCUGAUGCUUAUGAAGCCUCACUUCCUUCCCAAGGAUCAUUUCGACCGGAGCUGACUCAAAUCAUGACCCAAAUUGUUUCUUUUCUGAACUCAAACGGGUCUCCGUUCAUAGUCAACAUAUACCCUUUUUUGAGCCUUUAUCAGAGUUCGGAUUUCCCACAAGACUAUGCUUUCUUUGAUGGCUCAACUCAUCCUGUCGUGGAUGGCUCAAACAUAUACUACAAUGCCUUUGAUGGCAAUUUCGAUACCUUGGUUGCAGCAUUGAACAAAAUCGGUUAUGGUCAGAUGCCAAUCGUUAUUGGAGAGGUGGGUUGGCCGACAGAUGGGGCUUUCAGUGCGAAUUUAAGUGCUGCUAGAGCAUUCAACCAAGGUCUCAUCAAUCAUGUGUUGAGUAACAAAGGAACUCCACUGAGACCAGGGGUUCCUCCUUUGGAUAUUUAUCUCUUCAGUCUUCUCGACGAAGAGCAAAAGAGUAUACUUCCCGGGAACUUUGAGCGCCAUUGGGGGAUUUUCUCUUUCGAUGGCCAGGCAAAGUACCCGUUGAAUCUCGGAUUGGGUAACGGGAUACUGAAGAAUGCCAAGGAUGUUGAGUAUCUUCCAUCAAGGUGGUGCGUCGCCAACCCGUCCCAAGAUCUUGGCAGUGCUUCAAAUCACAUGAAGCUGGCUUGCAGCAUGGCAGACUGCACCACCCUUCUCUACGGAGGUUCAUGCAAUGCGAUCGGAGAGAAAGGAAACAUUUCCUAUGCUUUCAAUAGUUAUUAUCAGUUACAAAAACAAGAUGCAAGGAGCUGUGAUUUCGAUGGGCUCGGUAUGGUUACAUUCCUCGAUCCUUCAAUCGGUGACUGUCAUUUUCUCGUUGGUGUUACCGAUAACAAUUGUUCAUGUGUCGGUUGUGGAAUUCUUUGCGGAUUAUGGAUUAUGACAUUGUGGGUUGUUAUUUAUCUGAGAAUUUUCGAGUCUCCGUGAUGGUUAUGAAUUACAUAGAUAGAAGAAAGAAAGUGAAGAACUUUAGAAGACACUCAAAUUCUUUGUAGUAUGUGUAGAACAGUGUAACUUGAUUUGAGAAUUGAGAGAAGGUGGUGGUUAUUAUUUU